GUCUAUUUCUGCUUAACACGCAACAUUACUCUAAACAAAAUUUCAUUUCAGAUAUAUAGCAUUCAAGAUAGAACGAUCAGUCGCUGGCCUCCAGUCAGAAUAUUAGAUCUACCAUCUCGGCCUAAUAAUACCAAUAUAUCAUUUCGAUCGACAGUGCCUCAACAGCUAGAGUGAUGUCGCUCAUCAACUUCCUCGUCAUACUGACCGUCGCUUGUGUUGCCUCAACAUCCGCAGGAUUAUGCAGCCCAGAAAAAGUGGUAACAAGGAAGGAAUGGAGAGAAUUAGACGAUACUGAGCGGACGGAGUAUAUAAAUGCGAUAUACUGCCUUCGCGAACGUCCGUCCUCCCUCCCCAACGAAGAAUUCCCCGGGGUCCGAGACCGAUUAGACGACUUUGUUGCCACACAUAUCAACUACACAACCCGGAUCCAUCAAAACGGCCUUCUGCUUCCUUGGCAUCGCCACUUCAUCUUUCUCUGGGAAGCAACGCUGCGAGAGGAAUGUGGGUACAGAGGCAGCCUUCCGUAUUGGAACUGGGCCCUCGACGCAUACAACUUGUUGGGCAGUCCCCUAUUCAAUGGUAACGCGACGUCCCUCUCCGGAAAUGGGGCCUACACCGCAGAAGAGGUACGCACUUGCAGUUCGCAAGGUGUAUGUCUCCCGCGAGGCACGGGGGGCGGCUGUGUGGAAUCGGGCCCAUUCGCCAACUUCCAGGUGCACAUGGCGCCACUCGACGAAAAUUUGAUACAAUCGUAUGCGUCGCUUCCCCCCAAUACCUUCGAUUAUAAACCACGCUGCUUAACGCGGAGUUUAAACCCACAUAUUGUGGCCCUAUUUAAUAACCAGACCGUUGUCGAUCAAUUACUAGCUUCCAGCAAUAUUAUAGAGUUUCUUACUAUUAUGGAGCCUAGUGGGUUUGAUGACAUGGGUUUGCAUGGCGGCGGGCACCAUGCUGUGGGAGGGGAUCUGGCGAAUUUAUUUAUAUCGCCGCAGGAUCCCAUGUUCAUGCUUCAUCAUGCUAUGAUUGAUCGGUUGUGGAGUCUAUGGCAAGGAGAGGAUCGUCCAAAUCGUCGAAAUGCCUUGAAUGGCACGACCAUUAUCUAUGACCCUCCGAGUGCUCCGUUGGUGACUCUUGACACGGUUAUGGAGUUUGGGGUGUUGGAUAGUACAAGGAGGGUUAGGGAAGUAAUGGAUUCGAUGGACUGUGAAUAUUGCUAUGUCUAUACCUGACGCAGCCUUGUCUAGGCUUUUUUUUCUUAGCUUUUCCGCAGGUGGUAUGGUUCAUAUUUGGCUUUGGAUAGUGUUGUGUCUUCCUAAUGACUCGUUCCGCAUAAAAUGGUGCUUUGAUUCGUGAUUGCUCCACCACUUUACCGGUAAUCUCUUAUCACCGUUGUAAGGAACGAAUUCCAAGUGGAGUAUACAAAGCCUUAGGUGACAUUCAAAGGAUACUCUGACUUCACCUGAUAUAGUAUAACGUCAGUCGCCGCCCAACGCCCGCUACCAACCAACGCCCCGCUCUGAAGCUAGAGAACGAGGCAACAUAUGAAGCUAUUCAACCACGUAAAACUUAUAUUCUGAAGAGAUUUUUUGAUAUACUGUUCUUGAGGUUUCAAAGUAUUUAUAUACAAAUUUUAGGCGUCGUGGAA